AUGAAGCUCGCGAACAAGAAGAUCGUUGUCACGGGCGCCAACCAGGGCAUCGGCCUCGAGUUCGUGCGCCAGCUGGUCGCCAAGGGCAACACAGUCAUCGCGACGGCACGGAACCCCGCGGCCGCCAAGGACCUGCGUGCCCUCGCUGACGCCAACGCCGGCCAGGUCCACAUCACCACGCUGGACCAGUCAGACCCCGCAAACAUUGCUGCGUGGGCCAAGGAGGUCGCGGGAGUCGCGCCUGCCGUGGACCUCGUGCUCAACAACGCGGGCAUCUACGGCCCAAAGAGCAAGGCCUUCGGGGACUACACGAAGGAGGACAUGCUCGAGGUUUUCAACGUCAACGCCGUGGGGCCUUUCCUCAUUGCCCAGGAGAUGGUCAAGAGCGGCCUGCUGCCGAAGGGCUCCGUGAUUGGCAACAUGUCGAGUAAGGUGGGGUCGGUGGCGGACAACGGGAGCGGCGGCGGGUACGCGUACCGCGCGAGCAAGUCGGCGCAGAACAUUAUUUCGAAGAGCAUGUCGCUGGACCUCGCGGGCGCGGGCAUCACCACGGUCAUGUUGCACCCGGGCUACGUGCGCACCAACAUGACGGGCGGAAACGGCCUCAUCGACGUGGACGAGUGCGUGUCGGGCCUGAUCUCGGUCCUGGAGUCGGACCGCGAGCUCAACGGGCGCUGGUACGACUUCGCCGGGAAGGAGAUCCCGUGGUGA